AUGGAUACUGGCCGCAAAAUCAAAGUUGCAGUUGAGGGGAAUAUUGGUUGCGGAAAAUCAACAUUCCUAAAAUAUUUUGGUGAAUAUUCCUCAAAUAUUCAAAUUUCCCCUGAACCGAUUGAAUUGUGGAAUAACGUCCAGGGAUUUAAACUAUUCGAGGUAUUUUACGGUAAUCCUAAAAGGUGGAGCACUGCAUUUCAAAGCCAGGUUAUGGUCACCAUGUUGAAUCGCCAAGCGGAAAAACAAAUUGCUCCUGUGCGAAUACUAGAGCGUUCAGUUAGUAGCUGUCGAUAUAUAUUUAUCGAAGCUAUGAAUAGGAAUGGGCAGCUGUCGAAUGCGGACCUUGACGUUUUUGACAGAUUCUACAGCUAUGGUCGGAGUUUGCCAAUUUCAGACCUGGAUCUCAUUGUUUAUCUUCGGUGUAUGCCUGAAGUUUGUGCCAGUAGAAUCCGUGAGCGAGAUCGAAAGGGUGAAAGCAAUAUCUCCAUGGAUUACCUUAAUCAACUUCAUGAUCUUCACGAGGAAUGGCUUAUUGGCGGAAAAUUGGAGCCUACAUUAGCCCCUGUACUGAUUUUCGACUGCAAUGAGCCUCUGGAAACGCUAAGGAAGACGUAUUUUGAAAACAUGGAUCGGGUUUUGUGUGGAGUUACCGUGUAG